AUGAAGAUGAUGAAUAGUCAGAUUCUCUUUCCUAGGGUGGAAGUAUCAAAUUAUGGGCGUAGAUUUAAGACGGACGUCAUUUAUAAAUAUUAUAACGUUUCAGUGUUGUUCAGAGCACAGCCUGAACUUCUAACAAAAAUGCACGGACCUGCAAAAGGAUUGGUAUUUGCAAUUUACUAUCCUAUUCUUGCGGCUUUUGGUAUCCCAGCUAACUUGGCAGUGAUUAUGAUCUUGGCACGAGGAAGAUGCGGUCUUUCCAGAUGUAUUACGUAUUAUCUGGUAUCCAUGGCAGUGUCAGAUCUCCUGGUGAUGAUCACGGCAGUGAUAUUCAAUCGGAUUUCUGGUAUUUAUUUCCCAGUCAGCUUCCUGAUGAUCACACCAGUAUGUAGUUUCCGUUCAGUGCUAAACUACGCUAUCAUAGACAGUUCUGUGUGGUUAACUGUCGCUUUUACCUUCGAUCGAUUUAUAGCCAUUUGUUUCCAGCAGCUGCAAAUUAAAUAUUGCACUACAAAGACGGCAGCUCGUGUCAUAGCUGCAGCUUGUACACUAAGCUGUGUAAAAAAUACAUUCUUGUAUUUUAUAUAUGAACCUCUGUACACAAUUAACAAUGUUCCCUGGUUCUGCAACAUAAAAUCUAUAUUUUAUACAUCACCAGCAUGGACUGCAUAUGAUUGGAUUCAUCACAUUUUGACUCCUUGUCUCCCAUUCGCUUUAAUCAUACUGCUAAAUUCUUUGACUAUCAGGCACAUUCUAGUGGCCAACAGAGCCCGCAGGAGACUGAGGAUCCAGACCAAAGGAAAAGAUCAGAUUGACUCUGAAAUAGAGAACCGGAAGAAAUCGAUUAUUUUACUGUUCUGUGUCUCAGGCAAUUUCAUCCUGUUAUACUUGUUGGUUCUUCAAUCAGUCGCUUCCAGCACUCUACAGCAGACCCAAACAUCGAUCGAGAAAACCUCAAUAAUGAAGAGCUCUCUUGAAGAGUUCAAAUCAUGUCACAGCAAUCGCAUGCAACGAAUUAUUCACAAGUUGUAUGCCCAGGUGUUACUUCGCAAAGCCUCACUAACUGCCUCCAAUAUUCUCCCUCCACCUGGUCUCCUCUCUCAGGCCUCUUACCGGCACCCGAGCUGUUCAUUGAAAACUGUCGAUGUGACAUCAAACUCCUCAAUUGCUCUGCCUUCCUCGCAUUUUUGA